AUGGCGAAUAAGGUCGACAACGAUGUGAGUCAGGUUCCGGACGACGCCGACGAUGUGAUGCUGGAGGUCGAUGCCGGCAAGACCGCAGAAGCGGAAGCGAAGCCCAAGAAAAUCCCACCUGCCUCACUCUGCAAGCUCUUUUCCAAGAUGGAUGGCUUGGAGGUGAUCGUGCUGAUCGUUGGAUGCCUAGGUGCCAUCGGAAAUGGCUUGUCCCAGCCCCUGUUGUGCAUCGUCUUUGGCGAUCUCAUCGACGGCAUGGGUGGGGCCACCGGUGGUAUGGCGGCGAUGACUCCGGAACAGAUGAGCGCUAUGAUGGAUGGAAUGAUGAGUCAAAUGGAGGAGCUUUGCAUCACCAUGAUGCUUGUGGGUGUGGGCGCGACCAUUGCGGCCUUUCUCCAGGGAGCGGCUUUCAAGAUCUUCUCUGAGAAGCAGGCUUUCAAGUUCCGCGUUCUCUAUUUCGACUCUGUUCUCCACCAGGACGUGAGCUGGUUCGACACCAGGGAGGUUGCAGCGCUCCCGGCUGAGAUUAACGAUGACUUGGAGAAGAUCCAGGAUGCUUUCGGAGAUAAGUUUGGCAACGGAGUCAUGGCUGCCUCGGCUUUCCUCGGCGGCUUCGGCUGUGCUUUCGGCAUGGGCUGGUUGAUCGCCCUGGUCAUGUGCUCGAUUCUGCCAUUCAUGGGUGUCGGAGCGGCUUUCAUGGGGAAGGCCGUUCAGGAGAUCCAGAACGAGUCACAGUCCUGGUAUGCCAAGGCUUCUGCUGUGGUCGAGGAGUGCCUGCACGCAAUGCGCACGGUGGUCGCCUUCGGUGGCGAGCACCGUGAGCUGAAGAAGUUCUCUGCUGCUCUCGUCGAGACCCGCCGCGGUGGCGUCAAGAACGGCUUCAAGGUGGGUGCAGGCAUGGGCUACACCAUGUGCAUUGUCUUCCUCGGAUAUGGCUUGGCCUUCUGGUUCGGAAUGACACUGCGCUACAACGAGGAGCUCAACCCGGCCACUGGUACUGCAUGGGAGCCCGGCACCAUCAUGGCCAUCUUCUUCUGCAUCUUCAUCGGCAGCUUCAUGAUCGGCAACCUCGACCCCAGUCUCAAGGCCAUGAAGGCUGCCCAGACUGCCGCUGGCCGCUUCUUCCAGGCCGUGGAGAACAAGCCAGCAAUUCAGUGCCGAGAUGAGGACAAGCGCCUGGACAUCAGCAGCAUCGACCAGUUCGUUUUCGAAUCUGUGCAUUUCUCGUAUCCUGCUCGCCCAGACGUGAAGGUGCUGAACGGCCUCUCCCUGACCAUUCAGCGUGGGCAGAAGGUUGCCGUGGUCGGUGAGUCAGGCUCCGGAAAGUCCACUGUCAUGGCCUUGCUCGAGCGCUUCUACGACCCCGACUCGGGUGCUGUUCUGGUGAACGGACAGAACAUGAACAGCUUCAAGAUCUCCGCCUUGCGCAGGUGCAUUGGCUACGUGGGUCAGGAGCCCGUGCUUUUCGCCAGCUCCAUUCGCCACAACAUCAUGCAGGGCAACCCCUCGGCCAGCAAAGAGGACUUCGCCAAGGCCUGUGCCGAUGCCCAGCUGGGCUUCGUGGACAACCUGCCAGAGAAGUACAACACCUUCGUGGGCAGCGGCGGCGGCCAACUGUCUGGAGGACAGAAGCAACGCAUCGCCAUCGCCCGCGCUUUGCUCAAGAAGGCGUCCUUCCUCUUCCUGGACGAGGCCACCAGCGCGCUGGACAACACCUCCGAGAAGAUGAUCCAGGCCACCAUUGACAGCAUCAGCGCGAACACCACGGAGGGUCUGGGAAUUGUCAGCAUUGCCCAUCGUCUCAGUACCGUGAAAAACUCGGACCUCAUUUACGUGCUCAGCCGGGGCACGUUGGUGGAGAAGGGAAACCAUGCCUCCCUCAUGGAGAAGAAGGGCACCUACUACGCCUUGGUGGCCGCGCAGGAGUCGUCUCACAAGGCCGAUGAAGCCGAAGAGAACACCGUGCCAGAAGUGCCGCACGACCAGACCCUGCAGAUGGUCGUCAAGCGCUCGUCGACGAACUCCGGCGAGUCAGAGAGCGAGCGCGUGAAGCGUGAGAAGGAGGCCGAGGCCAAUCGCGAGAAGGAGAUCGCCAAGAACUACAAGGUGCCCAUGGGACGACUCCUGAGCUACAACAAGCCAGAGUGGCCUUUCUUCAUCCCUGCCAUCCUCGGUGCAAUGGUGGACGGCUCCGCCAUGCCCGUGUGUACCAUCGCUCUGGUCGGCUCCAUGGAAGGAUUCUUCAAGACGGACAAGGAAGAGAUGAGGUCUGACCUCGAGCAGAUGGCUCUGAUCUUCGUGAUCAUUGGCGUCAGCGUCUUCGUCGGCUCGACGAUCUCCCAUGGCUGCUUCUCCAUCCUCGGUGAAGCCAUGACUCAGCGCCUCCGCGUUGCCAUCCUCACGGGCAUGUUCCGCCAGGAGGUUGGCUUCCAUGAUGAUCCAGCCAACACCCCGGGAAUGCUCUCCAAAGCUUUGGAGCUCUGGGCUUUCCGCGUGGCCACUCUCUGCAAGUCCGUGCAGGCUAAGGCUGCGGCCAUGAGUUCUUUGGUCGUGGGUCUGGUGAUUGCUUUCGUCUACUGCUGGGAGAUGUCCCUGGUGAUGUUGGGCUCCAUCCCGAUCAUGAUUGCCGCCCAGGCGCUCCAGAUGUUGGUGCUUUUGGGUGCGUCCAAGAGCGAGAACGAGAACAUCACCAACGCCAACCAGGCAGGACAUCUGCCGUAG